UUUGUCUCUUGCUAUGUACCCAUUUUUCUCAUCUCAUUCAAAUUUUCUUCACACACACACACAACAACAAGACACACACACUCCACUCCCUUUUGAUUAAAUGCCAUCAACCGAGUCCAUAUCAAACCCAUAACACAACACCACACCACACAAAGUUCAGAGGCUAGUAGCUACUAGCUACUAGUAUAGCAAUAGCACCUUACCUUGCCACACCAAUAACAGCACCUCAUUAAUGGCGCAAGCAAAACACUGCAUUGAAAAUCGGGGGUCCCAAGAAAUUUAAAUUUCUGAACUGCAAUUGCAGCAGCAGGGGAAGAGAGAAGAAACAAGAGAGAGUCGGUGUAUAAAUUUUUUCUUGCCUGUAAUAAGAACCCCUACUAUGGUUUAAAGUGGAUCCCUAUCACUCUUAGGCCUUGUAACACCCUUCGUCUCAUCGCUUUCUCUAGCAACACUUUAAGGAGACAAUGAUGGGUGGGGAUUCUUACAAGAAGAAAGAAGAAGCAUGAUGAAGAGAAGGGUGUAGAGAGAGAGAGAGACAGAGAGAGAGAGAGAGAGAGAGAGAGAGUGGUGGUUGCUGCUGUGCACAGCGUCUUGUUUCUCGGGCCGCGCCGCUCGUGUGUGCGCGCGCGCCAGCCUCUUGUUGUUGCAGUUUCUUCUUGUUCUUCUUCAUUCUUCUUCUGCAAUCCCAAAACCCAAAUCUCGAGGUUGUGAGAUUGACUGACCCUUUUUGCUGGUUGGUUUUCUGGGUGACACACGCCCUUCUUUCCUUCGGUUCACUGCACUUGAUCCUGUUUUGUAUGACCCUUGACUCGUUUCUUUGGCCAUAAUAACUGGAGGGUCGGUGGUUGAUGUUGAAAAUUUUAGUUCUUUUGCUUAAUUUACAAGACGGGUAUUGUUAAAAAGCUCUCAGCUAAGUGUUUCUGAUUUGGAAAAAAUUUGGGUUAUUCUAGUGUGUGUAUUGGGGUUUGGGGAAUAGUUUAUUGUUGUGAUAAUUUAUUUAAGUAUUGGGAUCCUGUUGAGGGUUUGUUCCAACAUGCAAACAAGUGUUGUCAUUGGUUGUCUUCUUGGGCUGGCGGUUGGUUCUUCCUACUUGGUCCCUGCUAACAACAUUUUAGUUUAGUCCCUGCUAACAACAUUUUAUAUUGCUUUGAGUUUUGCAUAAUCAGUGAGAGAAACAAGGUCCGUUGAUUUUGGCUUGGUUUGGUAUUUAAGGUGUUGUUGCUGAGCAGAGAAUUUGAUAAUUAGUAGGGGAAAGAAAGUGUUGGAAAGUGACAUUCUUUUCUUUUGGUUCAUGUGGAAGUUUGUCUCUGAGUAGUACAAGAUAUGCUGAACUCUGAUGAUGGAGAUAGUGAUGUGUUCUUUGACUCUGUGGAUUGUCUGCCACCUCCCCAAGAGUCUCUUUUGACACCACAGCAACAACAACAGGAGUUUGGGUAUGAGAUUUGGGUGAAUGAGCCUCUCAGUGUGAAGGAAAGAAAGGAAAGGUUUCUAAGAGGGAUGGGUUUGGUUGAUGCUAGUUCUGAGGUUAGUUCUCAAGAGGAGAUUCUGAGCUGUAGUACCUCAUCACUGAGUUUAGAAUUGGAGAGGAUCAGGGAUUCUAGUGGAGCUGUCUCAAAUGAUUGUAUUUUACCAGCUGAACAAGUUCCUGAAAAAUUGGCUGCCUCAGGGAGGGAAGGAACUUCUGAAACCUGCAGUGAAGAUAAAGCAGAUGCAAAUUUUCAAGGGAGGGUGUGUGAGCUUUCUUAUUCUGAUCAAGAGCUCAGAAAUAGAGAAGCUGAGGCUCUUGAAGAAUUGCAGGAUACUGAUAUGAGUAAGAAGAAGAAGAAAAACUGGUGGAAGCAUUUUGUGAACAGCAUGAAACGCGGAGGAGGGAAAUUCAGAUCAAAGUUGAAUGUAGGGGCUAGUAAAACGCGCAGGAUAAAUGUGAGGCAGAAUAAAAAGAGGUGGAUGGAGUUCAGUGCACUGUAUCUUGGACAAGAGAUAAGAGCGCACAAAGGCCUAAUUUGGACUAUGAAGUUUAGUCCCAAUGGCCAGUAUCUAGCUAGUGGAGGUGAAGAUGGUGUAAUCCGCGUAUGGCGUGUAAUGUCUCUGAAUGCGUCAAGUAUAUGCUUCACUGCGAGAGAUAGUGCAGCAAGCAAAGUCAAGCAUGACAUCUCUAGUUCUCAGAAGAAACCCUCUAACCAAUCCUUCAUUGUUCUUCCAAAUAAGAUUUUCACAAUCGAGGAAUCCCCACUGCAAGAAUUUUAUGGUCAUUCCAGCGAUGUAAUGGAUUUGGCUUGGUCUAGUUCAGAUAUUCUCCUUUCCUCUUCUAUGGAUAAAACUGUACGCUUGUGGAAAAUUGGUUGCAAUCAAUGUCAAAGAGUUUUCCGUCACAAAGAUUAUGUGACAUGCAUUCAAUUCAAUCCCGUUGAUGAAAAUUACUUCAUCAGUGGCUCCAUAGAUGGUAAAGUCCGAAUAUGGGGUGUGCAUGAAGAGCGAGUUGUUGACUGGGCAGACAUUCGAGAUGUCAUAAGUGCUAUAAGUUACCAGCCAGAUGGAAAAGGGUUUGUAGUCGGUUCCCUUUCUGGAACUUGCCGAUUUUAUGUUGCUUCAGGCAAACAUUUCCAGCUUGAGGGGAAGAUUCACCUCAAUGAAAAGAAGAGAACAUCUGGCAACAAGAUUACUGGCAUUCAGUUUUCCCAGAAAAACCAACGGAGACUUAUGAUCACAUCAGAAGAUUCUAAAAUUAGAAUAUUGGAAGGCGUUGAACUCGUCCAGACAUAUAAAGGCCUUCCAAAAUCAGGAAGUCAGAUGUCUGGUUCAUUUACAUCAAGUGGGAAACACAUAAUUUCGGUUGGAGAGGACUCUCGCGUGUAUAUUUGGAACUUCAACGACAUGGGAAAUGCCUCUUCCAAACAGACCAAAUCUGAGUGCUCUUGUGAGCACUUCAGCUCCGAGGGCGUAACCGUUGCAAUACCUUGGGCAGGCAUGAAUGCAGAAUCCGGUGAUGACUGCGCUCACUGUUCUUCAGAAAGACAACACCAAUUAGAGGCUGCUCCCGGGUUUAGAGAGUCGGAACGUUUCUCUUUCGGUAGUUGGUUCUCCAUUGAUGGUUCAUGCAGCAGAGGUGCCAUGACAUGGCCCGAGGAGAAGCUUCCGAGUUGGGACAUACCUCUUACCGAAGUUGAAUUCGAUCACCAGCAGCUAUAUCUCAAUGAUCAAGACAAUUGGGUACCAGAAACAUGGGGACAAUCAAUAGUGGCAGCUUCUUUUGAUGGAACCAUCAAGACAUUUCACAACUUUGGAUUGCCUGUGAGGCUUUAGAACCCUGCCAUGGCUCUGUUGGUGCAGAAUAGCUGGGUUACUUGCCCAAAUUGAAAACUUCAUCAAGAAGUUUCAGAUCACAACCUUGGAUUCAUUGCAUUGCAAGAAAUAUGGUCAUUGCUAGAUUCAUGUGAGAUGUCAAACCUUCUGACAUGUUUUGCAAAUUGAUAUGCUACUAAUUUAAGUGGUCUUGUAGAGACAGACCACUAGAAUCCUAAGUUUUGUUUUGGUGGCAUUUUUUUUGUGAAUAUUGGUUAACUUAUAGGUACAGAUUAUUUUUAUUUAGAAAACAAAAGAAAAAAAAUUGAAGUUUUGUUCCAA